GUACUCACUCUCAAAAACUAUCUCUGAGUAUGUUCACAGGAGAGGGAGCGGCAGCUGCAUCGCAUCAGCUGAUUCAGCUGGUCUACUACUGAAGAUGGUGAACACAGCUCGACGCCGGAUGAUUAUUACGACUUGGUAGUGCCCAGCCCUCGCUUUAGCUCUCUUGGUUUCUCGUGAUUAAUCUCAGUGUAUUUUUGGCUCUUGUACGUUUUUGGACCUUGUGUAAUCUUUGUAUUUUUGGACUCACCCACCUCAGGCUCUCCGCUCAUCUGGACUCACUCACUCGAACUCCAUUGGACUCCUGGACUCCGCAUUCAGCCACGUUCAUCAUCCUCCUCCCAGACCGUCCCGCUCACACCAUCCUCCUCCCGACCGACCCGCUCUCACUCUCAAACCCUGCGCCCCCUCUCCAGCUCAGGAGAUCUCCCUUCUGGAUCAUCCCCGGCUCUCUACCUCCCCUCAUUCCCCAAACCAAAUCAACUCCCGUAAGUCCCCUCUCAGUAUUCCUGCCUAGACUGUUUAUCUCCUGGACUCACCUCUGGUUUGCUCUCCCUCAGACCCUGGUUCCCGUAUUCUCCCCCUGAUCCGCUGGAAUUCUCAGCGUGCCCUAAGUUCCCCUAAAUAAUAAAUUCUGCUUUACUUACCUUCAUUCUGUGUAUGGAGUUGUGAUUCUGCAUGUCUUGGGUUAGACUCAUCCCCAAAACCAUGACAGGUGAUGCCUCAUUUGUUGUCACUCAUUAAUUAGUCAGCUCUGACUUCGCAGAAUCGCCUGACCUCCUUUCUCCACCUCGAUAUUUUAGAUGCAUUCUUAAUUAAUUCUUGUGGGGAUAAACUAAAGAUCUUUUUUUAUCAUGUUACAAAAAUCUGCUGUGUUGUGACUCAUCAGCAUCAUUAUUCUCGUCCAAGGGCAUGAAGGAGGAGGCGUGUCCUAUUUGAGAAAAACUUAUCGCCUUUAACUAAUUUAGUUUGAGUUGAAUUUAUGGAAAUUGCUGCAGUGUCCUUUCACUCUCAGGCCACAGAAGCUCCAAGUUGAUGAAAAUCUCUUAAAUCAUUUACUGAGCUUGUCCAUUUUCAUUUUUUUUCUCCUCAUCAGCGAUGAACUGAAAAGGCAAAGCUGAACAGUGAGUUUUGCCCUGAGUCUCGGACCCCAGAGUCACUGCUCUAAUCAUCUCUGUGUGACUCGAUCCAUCUAUGAGAGACGAGUUGGACCACGCAGGAUAAAAGCACAGAAAGCGAGAUGCCAAAGGACAGUACCUGUUUGACCUGAUCUGCCACCACCUCAACCUGCUGGAGAAAGACUAUUUUGGCAUCAGAUAUGUCGAUCCAGACAAGCAAAGACACUGGUUGGAGUUUUCAAAGUCAAUCGCCAAACAAAUGAAGUCUCAGCCUCCAUUCACCAUGUGUUUACGCGUCAAGUUUUAUCCACCAGACCCCGUUUCUCUGAAAGAGGAAAUCACCAGAUAUCUCGUGUUUCUGCAGGUUAAGAGGGACCUUUACCACGGCCGCCUUCUGUGCAAGACAUCAGACGCAGCUCUACUGGCUGCCUACAUAUUACAAGCUGAAAUUGGCGACUACGACCCCGGGAAACACCCAGAAGGUUACAGCUCUAAGUUCCAGUUCUUCCCCAAACACUCAGAAAAGCUGGAGCGGCGGAUUGCAGAGAUCCACAAGACUGAGCUUAUAGGUCAGACUCCUGAAACAUCAGAGCUCAACUUCCUCCAGAAAGCCCAGACUCUGGAGACAUAUGGAGUGGAUCCUCAUCCAUGCAAGGAUGUGUCCCGGAAUCCAGCUUUUCUGGCUUUUACCCCUUUUGGAUUCACUGUACUGCAAGGAAACAGGAGGAUUCAUUUCCUCACAUGGGAGGAGGUGACCAAACUCAAGUUUGAAGCAAAGACGUUCCAUAUAUAUGCAACUCAGAGUGAGGACAGGAAGAUUAUCCUGACUUAUUUUGCACCGACACCAGAAGCCUGUAAGCAUCUAUGGAAGUGUGGAGUUGAGAAUCAGGCCUUCUACAAGUUGGAGAAAUCAAGCCAAGUCCGCACUGUGUCCAGUAGUAAUCUCUUCUUUAAGGGUAGCCGCUUUAGAUACAGUGGAAAGGUUGCAAAAGAAGUGAUGGAACAAAGUGCCAAAAUUAAAAGAGACCCACCGGAGAUCCACAGGGCUGGCAUGGUUCCCAGCAGAAGUUGUCCAUCAAUCACACACGGACCUCGCCUGACCAGUGUGCCAAGAACCCGCCGACGAGCCGUCCACAUCUCCAUAAUGGAAGGUUUGGAGUCUCUGCGAGACAGUGCCCACUCCACGCCUGUGCGCUCUGUCUCCCAUGGCGACUCCUUUAUGAGUUCCCGGGGCCAGAUGGAUGACGGCAGCGAGGCGAGUGUGUCGGCAGUCAUCUCCGACGAGACCUACAGCCCUUCAGACAGCGUGCUGCCCACGCCGGUGGCGGAGCACGGGAUGGAGAUGCCUUUAGCCCGUCACCUCAACGGGGCGCCCUGCAGCAUUGAUGAGGAGAAGGAGUCAGGGGCUAUGAGGGAGGGGCAGGCAGAGUCGGGGCCCAGCAGGAGGGCACUGCGUAAAGUCAGGAGCAAGCCUUCACCAUCCAGUGAUGUAGAGGAGCUGAACAAGUUCAUCUUAAGUGUGCUGCGCCUGUUUCUGGUCACCAUCGGACUGCUGUUCGCCCUGCUGCUGCUGCUCAUCAUGCUGACCGAGUCGGACCUGGACAUCGCCUUCUUGAGAGACAUCCGCAAGACCCCCGAGUUCCAGCAGUUCCACUUUGAAUAUUUCUGCCCCUUGCGGCAGUGGUUCGCUUGCAAGUUACGAUGGAUGGGGGGGUUUCUCGUCAGCAAAUGAGAGCGACUAAACCCAGAGGCGGGGCACAGGUCAGCAGGUGGGGCAGAGGAAACGUGACUGCCUUGUUAAUAAAACCGGCUUCUCCCAGGAAACAUUUAACAAAUCCUGUCACAAGUCACGAACUCUUUUGUCACAUCUUGUUUUAGCUCGCCUCGAGGUAACUUUCUUUCACACAGAAACAGGGUUAAAAUGGAGCCGUGUCUUAUAGACUUCACUAUUCAGCCAGAGAUGAUAAAUGCCUUUAUUUUUAAAUGUAUUCAUACAUUAGCAUUGCUGUCGCAGGGGAAACACAUCUAGUUUGGGUUUGUUUCACACAAACAGAAUUUAGAUCAAUGUUCUGGGAGAAACCAGCCGAACAGCAACAUUUCUGAUUUAUUACAACUGCUGUUUCAGAGAUUUGCAGACAGAGGCGCACUGUCGGCUCCAAAGCAACUCUUCACACACACUGUUUACUAGGUGCAGUUUGCUCAACUAGUAAAAAGUAGUAGCAAUAGCUUUAUGACACAAGUGCGUUCUGGGUGCCUGCACGUGUGACCCAUCUGUUCUGUUGUAGAGGGAACUUUGCGUCUGUGUUCGCGAUUGUUUUUGUCCUAAAGAUGAUGAGUGUGUGGUGGGUGUGUGUGUGUGUGUGUGUACUCCAAUAGUUGGUGAGUUCAUCUUGAUGUGCAAUAAUGUUAAUAGAUAUUGAAGACUGAGAUCCUUUCCAUUAAUUGGAAUUUUGACUUUAUUGGAGUUUGUAAAAUUACAAAAUCAGGUUUUUUUUGGACCCUUCUUGAGUGAAACUUUUAGCCCUUCUGUGUUAAAACGUAUGCAUCUAUCUGCAAAGUUACGUGGAUUUAACUCGUUUCCAUUGUUAAGCAACACAUGGAGGUUUUAUUCUGGUGGAUUUGUCGUUUUUGAUCUGAAGAUAAUUAAUGUUUACGUCCUGCAACGUCAUCACCAACGAAAGAGCCCUCUGUUGUCGUGAGGCUGUUCUAGCCUUCGGCCUUAUUUACUCUGAUCUUACAGCCCUCAGCGUGUCGUUACCGCCCUAAAAAUACAAGUUUCCAAAAAGGGCUCAGGACGAAAGCGAGUGUAAAAGCUGUGUGUCACAUAUCCAAAAUUAGGGAUUACUGAGAGCAAAGGAUGAUUAAUAACUAACAAAGUAAUCUACAAAACAAAAUAAGUAUUUAACUAAAUGUUUUUAUUCAAGAACUUACACAGAUCUAAUUGUUUUCACCCUUUAAUUAAAAGAUAGUGGUUCCUAAAUCUGGCAGACAUUUAUUUUAAUUUCUCAGAUUUUGUUUCAUCUUGUUGAUCAUGAAGAGUUUAGCCAAGAGCUAAAUAUACGUUUAAUAUUUCAGUUUAAAUUAUCACCACUAACUAGAAAAGUGCAGACACUAAAGUUUGAUUCAAACUAAAUGCAUGAAAGGAACUCCGCUUUGUUCUUGAAGACAUUUGCUCUUAAAUAAAGCAUUUGGGCAUCUUGUUCUAAUUUUGCUUUGGAACAAAUCUUAUGCGAGUGAGAUGUGAAAGUAUUUCUUUUGGCCAACAUGCAGCAUUUUCUAGUAUUCGGAGACUCACUUGUGUGUUAUUUUGUUUAUAUACAGUUUAUUUAAGUUGUCUGAACUCGUUUUACACAAACUGACGCGAUGAAAGUUGAACUUUUAAGAAACUUUCCCUCUCUGGAUCACGUCUUAGACGUGUCCCAACCUUACCUAGGUCCAGCACACCACAGCGUCUCUGUAAGCACGUGUCCUGCAUCAUUACCUCCAGGCAAGACUUCUUCUAGCAACCAUUGAAGACUGGUGUAUAAUGUAUUAAUAAAUAUAAUCUAUUCUUUUUA